AUGACUAUCAACGUCAAAGACCCGAAUAACAUGAACAGCAACCAGAUUAUUUUAAAAGUCCCAGGUCGUGGUGUGUUUGCGUGUGCGCCAAUAGAAAGGGGAUCCUUUGUUGCUGAGUACCGUGGGGAGUUGAUCUCAAAACACAAACGUGAAAAGAGACAGAAAAAGUACACCGAGAAGCAAAAUGCUUUCUUGUUUGAUUUUAAGUGGAACGGAGAUAUAUGG